CGACAACUGCUUCUGCUCAUACAUCCGGACGAAAAGGACUGACAUUACUGCACGAUGGCAGCUAAGAACGAUGUUCCCGCUUAUGUGCUUGGUGUUGGUAUCACCAAGUUCAUCAAGCCGCGCCAGCAGCGUGCUUACCCUGAAAUGGGUUACGAAGCAGGUGUAAAAGCGAUGCUGGAUGCCCAAAUCAACUACGAUGAUGUGGAAACAGGAGUAGCAUGCUACUGUUAUGGUGAUACAACCAGUGGGCAGAGGGUCUUCUAUCAGUUCGGCAUGAGCACCAUUCCCAUUUACAAUACGAAUAACGCCUGCGCCACAGGCUCAACCGGUCUGCAUCUUGCACGCACUCUGAUCAAGAACGGCGCAAUUGACUGUGCACUUGUGAUUGGAUUCGAGCAAAUGCAGCCUGGCUCGAUCAAGUCAAUAUGGAGCGACCGGCCUUCGCCCAUGGGACUGUCUAUGCGAAUGAUGGCGGAUACUCGUGGUGUUGACAAGUCGCCGCCUAAUGCACAGUACUUUGCCAACGCCGGCAAGGAGUACAUGGAGAAGUAUGGUGCUGAGGCGCGUGACUUCGCCGAGAUCGCCAGGAUAUCACACUUGCACAGCCAGAAGAACCCAUACGCGCAGUUCAGGGAUGUAUACACGUUGGAGCAGAUCGAGAAGUCGCCCAUGAUCCACUACCCACUCACCAAACUGCAAUGCAGCCCAACUAGCGAUGGCGCAGGUGCUGCAGUGAUUGUCAGCCAGAAGUUCCUCGAUGCACGACCGCACUUGAAGAGCCAGGCGAUCUUGAUGGCAGGCCAAAGUCUGCUCACGGACUCUCCUCAACUCUACUCAAAAUCGUCGAUGGACCUUGUUGGAUACGACAUGACCAAGCGUGCUGCACAAGCCGCUUUCAAGGAAGCCGGAGUCGGUCCCAAAGACGUCAAGAUCACCGAACUGCACGAUUGCUUCUCUGCGAAUGAGUUGAUUCUCCUCGAGGGUCUGGGUUUCAGCGAGCCGGGAAAAGCACACCUAAUGGUGCGAAACGGCGAUAUCACGUAUGGUGGCAAAGGACCUAUUGUGAACCCGUCUGGUGGCCUCAUUAGCAAAGGGCACCCUCUCGGCGCCACUGGCCUGGCACAGUGCGCAGAGAUAACCUGGCAGCUUCGUGGUUGGGCGAACAACCGACUGGCUGAUUCUCCGGACAUUGCGCUGCAGCAUAACUUGGGUUUGGGCGGAGCUGUAGUCAUCACAGUGUAUAAGCGUGCCGACGGGCAGAAAGCUACCAAAAUGAGUGACGAAGAGGUGAAGAGGGCGAGUCAGUUCGACUACAACCCUGCUGUUGAGGCUCGAUAUGUGACGAAGGAAGAUGGGGACAAGGUCAGAUCUAAGAUGGUGCGAAACAACUACGCGCUGGGAGAUACCCUGGAGAAGAUCCAGAGUCGAUUGUGAAAAGAAA